AUGGUUAAUAAAAAUGAUAUAGUAGAAAAAAGUAAUAAUAUUUAUUUUUCCAACAAUGAAUAUAUUAUAGAUAGGAAAAAUAAAAAUAAUUUGUUGAAUAUAAAAAUAACAAAAUGUAAUACUAAACAGAAUAACUCUACUUUCCUGUUUGUUCUUAUAAGUUUUGCUUGUGUUAUAUUAUUGUUUUGUAAUGUAUAUGAGGCACCUUUUAUUAAUAAUGAUCAUUUUUUAAUAUCUUACUGCAUGCGCACCAGAUCCUUAUAUGAAUCCGAAAUAUUACAUCAAGAAAGUUAUCAUAAUGAUCUGUUACAAUAUAGGAAUCCUCAUAAGAAAGUGCAAGAGAAGGUAAGUGAUACAACAUUUCAUAAGAAUAACUUAUUAAAAAGUGUUGGUAACCAUAAGAAUGUAAAUGAUUCAUUGAGUCAUGUAAAAAAUAAAGUAGAUAAUCUAAAUAAUACAAAUGAAAAAUUAAAAAAUAAAAAAUUGGAAUCGCCAAAACGUAUUUAUUCAAAUGCAGAAAAAAAAAUAAAAGAAGAAAAAUUCCAAGGCCAUAAAAAUGUAUCCAAAGGUACUCAUUCUUCAUAUGAUGAAUUAUCGAAAACGAAAAAAAUAAACAAAAUAGAAAAUAAUUUGAAAGAAAAAAGGAACUCUUCAAAUGAUACAUUUUAUUUUUAUAAUAAUGUGAAUAUGGAUAAAGGGUCAAAAGAUAUGACAACAUCAACAUCAAGUAGGAUAGAUAAUGAUAAAAAUAUAAAUGAUUAUUAUAAUAACAAUACAAAUGAUUAUGAUAACAAUACAAAUGAUUAUUAUAAUAACAAUCCAAAUUAUUAUGAUAACAAUACUAAUGAUUAUUAUAAUAACAAUCCAAAUGAUUAUGAUAAUAACAAUCCAAAUGAUUAUUAUAAUAACAAUCCAAAUGAUUAUGAUAAUAACAAUCCAAAUGAUUAUUAUAAUAACAAUCCAAAUGAUUAUGAUAACAUUAUGUUAAAAAAAAACAAACAAACAUAUUAUGAUUAUUAUCCGUUGAAACGUUUUGCUUCAGAAGAAGAAUUGGAGAAUUACUUAAAAAAAAAUGGAUUAAGGAAAGAUCAUUUUGAAAGAUAUUUAGAAAGACAAUUUAUAAAUGGAGAAGAAAAUAAUAAAAAACAUAAUGAUAAUGAUAAUAAUUAUAAUGAUAUUGAUUUAUCCAUACCUGAUUUAUACACAUAUAAGAAUAGAUCAGAAGAAAACUUUUAUAAUUAUAUGAAUGACAAUGGGCUAACAGAGGAACAUUUCCAUGAAGAAUUAUUAAAACGAUCAGUAUCCGAAAAUAAUUUAAAUAAUGAUUUCAUAUUAGAACAAUCUUUAUCAUCACGACAAAGAGAAGUUUCAAUAGAUUCUAUAUUAGAACAUACCUUAUAUAAAGGAAAAAAUACUUAUAAACAUUUAUUAUCUAAUACUAAAACAAGAAGAAAAUAUUCAAAUACAUCAUCAUCUAUUGGAUCAUUUUCAAAAAGUACUACAAAUAUUUCAAAAGCAUCAUCAUUAUCAUCAUUAUCAUCAUUAUCUUCCUUAUCAUCGUUAAAUGAAAAGGAUGAUGAUGAUGAAGACCGUGAUUUUAAAAGAUAUUUAUUAAAAAAUAACAUAACAGAAGAACAUUUUUAUCAAGAAUUAUUAAAAUAUAAUGAAGGCAAAAAACAAAAAAAGAAAAAAAAAAAAAAAGACAAAAAAAAAAAAUUCUAUGGAAAUGAUCAAGAUUAUAAUAACUUAUCUACAAAUUUUGAAUUUGAACAAUAUAAAAAUUUUCUUAAUACUGAUAAUAAUAUAUAUGAAGAAACAUUAUUAAAUUGUUUGGUCAAAUUUGUAUUUGAUGAUGAAAAUUAUCUCAAAGGUAAAUUCUUAAGAGGUUACUUAAUGAAAGAAGUUAUCAUAAAAAACGAUUCCGAAGAAAUACAAAAUGCCCUAGAAUUUCUUGAUAUUGAUAUUAUAGGGGCACAUUUUAUGACCUUGCCACAAUUUUUACAUGAAUAUGAAGAUAGAGAUGAACAAAUUAAAACAUUAAUUGAAAUAUUUGUAGAAGAGUUGGAUGAACAAGACAGAGUUGAUAUAUGUAAAAAUAUGAUACAGUAUAUGAAGGACAAUAAUAUGAACAUAGAAGCUAUAUAUGAAUCCUUGUUAGAUGCAGAAUUUAAGAUACCUAAACGUGUAAAAAUAAUACUUAAUAUAAAAGCGGGAAUGGUAUUUGGUGCAGCAAUAAUAUCUUUAAUUCUUUUUUGCUGUAGCGUUUUUUCAGCGGGUGGUGCAUUCGUAGGUUUGGGUUAUGUACUUUUAGGUUGGUAUAUAUUAUCAUGUCUUAAGGCACAGAAAAAAUGGACUCGUAAAAGAUAUAAAGCGACCAUUUUGGAGAAAAGAGUUAAAACAAAUAAUUAUUAA